AUGGACGAAGUUCCUGAAGAAAUCCGCCCCAAGAGAACAAAAAGAUGGAUGGAAGCAACGCCAGGGGACAAUUACAUUCCUGAAGAAGUCAUUCACGACAUCCUGCUGCGCUUGCCCAGCAAAUCUCUACUCAAAUGCACCACAGUGUGCAAGUCAUGGAGGUCUCUGAUCCGAAGCUCUGCCUUCAUUCACACCCACCUCAGCCACGCAAUCAUCAAAUCCAAUAACCAAAACGAUGACGCUCAGCUCCUCCUGCUACAGUCUUCCAAUGCAACUCUGUCAUUGCAUUGGGAUCGCAGCCCUUCAUUAGGCACUGUUUCUGCGUCUCAGUAUGAUCCUAGAAGUUAUUCAUUUGGCUAUGAUUCGCGUACCGACGACUGUAAGGUUUUGAGAUUUGUAAGAGAAAGGCGUGUUUCUUGUGCAGUUGAGCUUUGUUCCUUAGCAAGGGGCUCCUGGAGGAGUGUUGUUACUCCAAACUUCGUCGAUGAAAUGCUUCCCAGUACAAUGUUUGGCCCUGUGAUUGAACCGGCUUUUGUUAAUGGUGCCAUGCAUUGGAUUCAGGAUCGUGUGGAUGAGAAUGUGAUUUUGUCUUUUGAUUUGUCCACUGAAUCAUUUGGCAAGAUCCUGUUGCCCAAUGCAGAUUCGAGAAUCAAAUUUAGGAUGUUUGUAGAUUUUUACUGUGUUUCAAGAUGCGGAGACUCCCUUGCCUUCUUUGAGAAUAAUAGAAUUCGGAGUACUGCCUUGGUUUCUUUAAUGGAAAUGCGCAGCAGUUCAAUGAUAGUGGUUACUUUCACUUGUGGGUGA